GCGUGCGUAUAAAUUGCACGCUCGCACAUUCAUCCGCUCCGUCAGUAAGAGCACGCCACUGAGACUGUGGCAUCGCAACCGUCGAGGAGUUGAGUGCGAGAAACUGAAAAAAAAUCCUAAAAAUGGGCUUCAAAUUCUCCAUAAUCUGUGGUAUUUUCCAAGUGCUGCUGGUGAUUUUGUUUUCCGUCCUGGUUGAUUACGGCCAACACGCUUCUCCACCGCACAAACGAAAAGGUUCCGCCGGAUCAGUUGUGAAUUCCUCUGAGACGCUCGCCGUAAACGAUGUAACUGUGUACUAUUCAAUGUUCCAAGAUGUCCAUGUUAUGAUCUACAUCGGUUUCGGUUUUCUGAUGACCUUCCUGAAGAAGUAUGGUUAUGGUGCCGUAGGAUACAACUUCUUUAUCGCCGCUCUUGUCACUCAGUGGGGUACAAUUGUAACUGGAGGUUUAAAUCAGAUUUACGGCGAAGGACACGAACACAUCGAGCUCAGCAUACAAACUUUGGUUACAUCAGAGUUCGCCGCUGCCACAGUCCUCAUCACUUACGGAGCGGUCCUGGGUAAAGUGAGCCGCCUGCAACUGCUAGUCAUCGGCAUCCUGGAAGUAGUAUUCUACGCCAUCAACGAACUGAUCGCCAUUGAGUUCCUGAAGUACUCUGAUGCUGGAGGGUCCAUAAUCAUUCACAGUUUUGGGGCGUACUUCGGGCUGGCCCUGUCCCGGAUGUUACAUGACAAAAAGGUCUUGGACAGUCCUAAGGAAGCAUCCGUGUAUCAUUCUGAUCUCUUUGCUAUGAUUGGUACUGUUUUCCUUUGGAUGUACUGGCCCAGUUUCAACGCUGCCUUAGUGGCUCCUGAUUACGUUGCACAACACCGCUCCGUCAUUAACACGUACUUCUCAUUGGCUGCUGCUUGUGUGACCACAUUCGCGCUGUCGCCACUUUUCCAGAGAGAAGGAACCAAAUGGAGAUUGAGCAUGGUUCACGUUCAGAAUGCCACUCUCGCCGGUGGUGUUGCCGUGGGAACAGCGUCGAAUAUGUCAAUCAGUCCGUGGGGGGCUCUUUUGAUUGGUUGCUCUGCCGGAGCACUGAGCACUGUGGGAUACGCAUACCUGACACCAUUCUUGACGAAAUACACCAAGACCCAUGACACGUGUGGUGUACACAACUUGCACGGAAUGCCGGGAAUUCUUGGUGGCAUCGCGGGCGCCGUUGCUGCUGCGCAUGCCGAUGUUAACAAAUACGGAUACGAUGGCCUGUUCAAUCUGUGGGGUGCGCGUGCUCCAAAGAUAAAUACUACUGAGUACUAUGACCUUGUCAAGAUGGGCGUGCCGUUUGAUGCAGGAGAUGGCCGCUCAGCCAAAGCUCAGGCUGGUUACCAGAUCGCCGGUUUAGCCGUCGCUCUUGGAAUUGCCAUCAUUGGAGGAAUUGUGACUGGUUUUAUUGUGAGGUGGAAAAUCUUUGAUCCACCCUCUCAAGAACAGAUGUACGAUGAUGAUGAUUUCUGGGAGGUCCCCACUGAAGAGGCAAGCGAAGAUGUGGAGACAGGGGACGGUUUCACCCAUGAGAAGGAGGAUAAACUGUAGGCUUCUAACUACUGAAAGGAAAGCCCCUUCAGUCGCUGUAUUAUUUUCUUUGACAUAAAUAACUGAUAGGUUUUUAUACUACGUCUGAUAAAUCGAUAACUAAGUUUUAAACUUUGUUAGGAAACAUGCUAGUGAUUUACAAGUCUUGUUAACAAUUAACAAUUGGUUCAUACGUCAGCGUGUGUUCAUCGAGAUAUGAAGCACGCGGGAAGUUUGGAGAACACGAAAGAUGCAACCCUAGCUUCUUGAGUGCUCUCCAAACUUCCCAAGUUCUUCAUAUCUCGAUGAACGCACAGCUGACGUAUGAACCAAUUGUUUUAUAACAUUUUCAACCCGAUGGAAAAUUUUUUUCUCGAGGGAUAUGUUUGCUGACGUCAUAAGCGUGCACACUAGGAAUAUGAAGCACACUCACGCAGUUUAAUUUGAUUAGACAGAUUUACUAGCUAUGUUAUAACGUCAUUUUUAUGCCAGAGCUCUCUGGAAUUGGGAAGAGAAAACAAAAUUGUUAUGAUUUUGACACGGUCAGAAAAAAAUCUGCAGUAAUUCGGCAGUCAUCUGAUGGGUGAAAUCCGAUCUGGCAUCUUUUUUUUAAUUUUACGUAGCUUUUACGCUGAUGUUCAUAGAAAAAAAUUAGGAGAUGUUAGAAAGUAAUUUUUCAACAAUGUGUUAUUGAUAGUAAAUUCGUAUAGUUUUCCCUUUUACCCUUUAAAACUCAAGAGCGAUCAGCUUCUAAUUUUUCUUUACAGUAAUGCUUUCGAAUCAUUCGUUAAGAUUAUGAGAAUAAGGAAAAAAUCGCCAACCUAGGAAGCUCUGAUUUUUAAUCGAAUUCUCCUUGUAAGUACCAAAGGAAAUGUAUAGAGAACAGUAUGGAGAAUAUGGAUACUGAUGCAAGGGUGUAAAGGGGUAAUGUCUUCGAUGAUUUGUUUGGAAAACGACAUAAGCUAGUGUUUUUGAAUAAAGCUCUUUGUAUCAGUG